CUGUUCGUGUUGCCCAUGUUGGUGUGUCUUGCAGUCGCCAGAGCGAUAUAUACCGGUGAGGUCGCCACAGCUCCCCAGUCAACACUUCGAAACCGCUGCGUUCACGCGAGUUUUUCAGUGUUUUUGCCACCCCCAUAGUGAAAAUCCAAAGUUUAGUGACUGUGCAAAAGCCGCUUUUCCACACUUGUGCUCAAAUAAGAUUCGAUCAUGAUGUGCCGCCUCAGUCGCAACACUUAGCCAGUCCGAAGAUGACUUGAACCCCAUCACCAUGAAACCCGCAUGCAUGACCGUGUUAAUCUCCAUCGCAUCUUGUGUCUGUCUCUCCUUCUGCUACCCCUCGAAGCCCCUAAACGAGCGCUCGACAGAGCUGGCUUGGGAGGCAUGGUUGCUGGUCGACCAAAGCAACCGCCAGAGCGAUUUGGGGCUACUACGACGAAGAAUCACCCCGAAAUCGGUCUUCAUAGCCCCCACGUUCAGCCCCGACUCGCUCCCCGCCUGCGCCGAGGGCUACAAGUCGGACAUGAUGGGGCGCUGCGUGAAAAUCAUCAAAAUCAACGAAUCGGUGCAUUUCGAUUUCCUCCUCCAGAAGCUCAACGCGCAAUUCCCCGACUAUGAGGAAGUGUUUGAGGACAACUCCACUCAUGGACCCCUCCAACUCAACAUCCCUCUAUUGGGGGACGAGGAGAAGGACUCGGAUGUGGCCAUCGUGGUCACCCCCUCCAAGAAGAGCCACCACGAGACCACCACGAGUGUUAAAGUGGACGUCAAGAGGAACGGAAGUGAUAAGUUUGGGGUCGAGGAUGUUGCUGCGAUUUUGGGGGUCAAGCCCGAGGAGGUCGAAAUGACGACAAUCGCGGAUUUUGCCACCACGAUCAUGGAAAGCACGACUUUUGAGGCUACGACUGAGACCACCACGGAGAGUAGCACUCCCACAACCACUACAGGGAGUGGUGAGGAGACAACGACGCUCCUCGAAGGCGAGGCCCUUUUCUGGAGGAGGAUUUAAGGACUGUGAGGCUCUAAGUUGCGACUUAGAGUGAACUGCUACUAAACCAAAUCACGUACAAACAAACAGUAAGACAAUAAAAGAACACGCCCAGAAAUCGCGUCACACCCUACCCAUCGACGAAACGAGGUUGAUGGUCCUAGUCUAGGGUGUACCAGGGUUCAAACCAAAUCGCUAGCUUCAUUGUGAUUCUUUUAGUCUUUAACUACGGUAUUUAUUGUACAUAAUGUGUAUAUGGAAGUGCAAAUGUUUUAAUUUGUCGUUUCUUGUAUAUAUUAUUUAUUUUACUAACGCGAGGAGUGAGCUUGACCACAGUAUUACACACUCCGAUUUACUAAUCUUAUCAACUGUAUUUUUAAUUUACUGUUGUAGGACUAGGUUAAUCGUGCAAAUGUAACGUAUUUCCCGUAUUGUUUUUCGAUAUCAAACCCACAAAAACACUAGACUGAUUAACCUUUUGUUCGACUCUUAGGUACAAAUGUAAAGUUAGAUUAAGUUGAAAGGUAUUUAUUAUCAGAAUAUUCCAUGUUAUGUUCUUGUGCCAGUAUACAAAUAAAUUUACAAGCAGACUA